CAGAAGAAACAAGUAUCCAAAUAAAAAUUAGUAUGGAGUACUCCUACCUCUUUCUAAGAAAAAAACAAAAAACAACAACAACAACAACCCCCCCCCACCAAAACUGAAACACCUGACUUCUGCUGUAUUGAAGAGUCAGUGCUCUCUCUCUUGCCACUCUUUGUGCUUAGAAACACAAAGUGGAUGUGAAACUCCACUGGAAAACUUAGAUGCUACACAGGCAAUAAACCUGACUUCAAGAUGUCAGAGGAAGAUGAUUCUUUUCUGAAUGUUAAAAGAUCUCUGAAAAAAAGAAUGGUGAAACACAGCACCCCAGUGGACUCAAUAAUUUCAAGAACAUGUCCAUCUCUUACUGAUCUGACAAAUCAGUCAAUCAAGGAACAAGAUGCCACAAAAAGAGUUUAUGGAUCUCCAAUGCCAAAAUCAAAUCUUUUAUUUUCUAGAAGGAGGCUUUCCACUGUGUUGGCCUCUGAUGAGUCAUAUCAAGAGCCGGGUCACAAGGUUGUCCCAAAUACAGAAACUCAAGCUAACACCAGAGCAUCUAUGGAUGUUGCAGUAACUCCCAAGAGUGGACCUUCAUGGCUUACUUCUGGAAUACCAGGGAUAAAAGAUCCCCUGGUAGCAAAAUACAGAAAGAAGAAAAUGGAUAAAACUCUUCAGCAGAAAAAGAAACAAAGAGAAUGGCUGCUUCGUCAACUUAAUAACAUUGAGGAGGCAACUAAACAUGAAUUGACAGUUGAAGAAGCUUGAUUGGGUUACCUGUGGGAUAAGUGCUAUCACACUCAUCAUGUGGGAAUGGCGAGUUCCAAUAAAUCACACUCUUCAUUACA